AUAGCUUAGGGGCAUUCAGAAGAUAAGGGAACUAAGAGUGUUCCCCUCCCAUAAUAUACUUCUCUACAAACUGACAUUCAUGGGUUUUUGGUAAGAGUUCCUUUCUGCCAGAGGUUUGAAUUUUGGUUGAAAGAAGAAAAGGAACGCGUUGCAAUGGAUAAGUUCAAGGUGUUGAUGGAUUUAGUCCAAAAUUGGCAAACGACCCUUGGAUUGGGCCUAAUACCGUUACUAACGGCGGGUGCGGAGCAUCAUUUUUCAACCUUUGCCUUCAAGUGUCCAUGCAGCGAGUGGAGCUUUCUGUAUGGGACGGUGUCUCUUCUUGUGCCGGCCGCGGCUCUGCUUUUACUUGGGUACAUGCUAAGCAAUAAAACGUGGAUACUGUUCACGGGCUUGUGUCUGAAUAAGUCUAAACUUUUUCGUUCCAAAUACAUGUGCCGCUGCCUAUGUGUUUUCCUUCAGAUCACAAUGACCGCUAUGGUGGCACCUGUCUCCUGGAUCGCAAUAGCGCUUCUUAACGGUGUUUAUUUUGAAUGUAUUAUUACGGGCCUUAAUGUCACUCAUCUGAAGAGCUUCUUGUGUCAUGGAAGAUCGGACUCCUGCCAGAUCGAGCUCUACAAGUUGCCCUGUGAUAAAACUGUGGCGGACCGAGACGCUAUCCUUACAACCAUACGCGCGCAGUCUCAGGUCUUGGGCUGGUUGGCGAUAGCCUCUAUCAUGCUAUCCUCUCUGCUGCUCACCUGUGUGGCCAGGUGCAACUCCCCAGUGAGCUACCUCCAGCUCAAGUUCUGGAAGGCCUACUCUCAGAAGGAAAGCAACUUUCUCGACUGUUAUGCCACCAAGCACGCCGAGAAACUUGCCGAGAGGAACAUCAAGAGCUUUUUUGAGAUGGAAAUACCGGAGCCUUUGAAGACCCCUCCAAGGUACUCGUGGGAAAAGAUCUCCAGGUUUUACAAGUUCGGUACCAUGGAUAAGUAUUACAGCACGGUACACAAGUAUGUGGAGACGUGCAAGAACCCUGAGGACCCGAUGAGAUUCCUUUCGACUAAAUCAGGGGACAGCUCUAACCCAGCAGCCCUGGACUUUGUGGACGAAUGCACAAUGAUGCUGUGAGAUGGAGGUCAUGAGAUCAUUCGGUUGGACAUUUUUUCAAGUGCACAGCAUUUCCAUUUUUAUAAUGUUUUGAAGAAUAUUUGGACUUUUAGAAGUGAACGUUUUUGUACUUCUGCUAAUGAGUAAUAUAAAGUUUACAAAGGUUCAGUUUACAAUCCUUGGUUUAUUAUUUGCCUUAUGUGCUUCAAUAGGAGAUAUAUUUUACAGCAUAAACCUUUCAUUGUUCUAUCUGCUUCCUUAUUUGUAAUGAAAAAGUCGUCACAGAAGCUUUUGCAAACAUGAAGAUACAUUCAGCGAGCAGAUAUGUUUACCAGUGUUUUGAAUGAGCGUUUUUCUCUGUGGUCAGCUCUCUCAGUUUCAGUUCUAUCUAACAUCCUGUGUGUGUACAUGGGAAAGGAAAUCACAUGCAAAGCCAUUAGGUGGAGAAUUGUGCCUGAUGAAUCACAAUAAGUGCCUGGCCAGUGAAAGAUUUCCGUAUCAAGGAUAAGGAACAUAAGGAUCAUAACAUCUUAUCUUAUGUUAUAUUAUCGGUGCUACUUUUGUUUAAAUAAAUCCAAGCAGUUCACUAAUGUUCACUAAUGAUACUGCUUAUAUAUGCAACUAAUUGCAGAUCCUGUGCAAAGUUUGCCCAUUGGUCUGUUUAGAGCACUUCAGCAUGACAAGGUCUUCAGAUGCAUUAGUGAGGAGAAAUAGCAAAUCUUUUAGAUUUAGCCCACAAGCCCCCACAAGGAAAUGAAAGUGUGGUGUUUUCAAGCACUUCCUCUAUCCAUAAUGUCACGUAUAUGCUUAGUCUUUUGGGUUUUGACAGUUGUGCACAGGAUUGCUUAAGAUGUGGCAAAGGUGGAGGAUGAU